CGUCAUCAAACUCUGGAAAUGGAAAAGCACCGUGAUUAACUGCACCCCUCGAUCAACAAUGCCAGCCGCAUUGUCCAAAAUGGGUCCCGAGUCAGUCGCAAUGGCUCGCAUGCCCCGUCUGGAAUAACAUGGCCAGCCGCAUUCCGUUUGGUGGGGCGUUGCACUGCUUUUCUUUUCCUUCAAUGCAUUCCACCACGACGCCGGACCACGGCCAAACAACAUCACACGCGCUACGACUGCAACGUCCGCCUCUUUUGUGUCUUUCGCACUUCUCCUCCUCCUCGCCAUGGCUAUGUUGAGUGCCUUGACUGGUCCCGCGGCCUCGGUUUGGAAUACAGUCACCUCCCAGACAUGGGACUCGCUUGUCUCGCUGUGCAAGAAUGGUACAAUUGCGCAGCUGCAGAAUAUCCGGUUGGGGAGGCUAUUUCUAUAUGAUGGUAGCUCGAGUAAAGCUUCAUCUGUCUUCGGUGUCAACUUACCCAAGGCCCCGGAAGCCGCGCUCCACAUUUAUAGCGAGACAUUCUGGGUGCGGCUCGCUCUGUAUGCCGAUAUGGGUUUCGCAGAAAGUUAUAUGUUAGGCGAAGUCUCUUCGCCAGAUUUAACAAAGUUUUUCGAGCUAUUCAUUCUAAAUCGCAGCCAUCUAUCCAACGGCUCGACAUUGACCUCUGCAAUUUCCACUGGCCUCGCCGGCCUCGUCCGCGGUAGUAACAAUCUUAGAAAUGCGCGGCUCAACAUCAUGGCGCAUUACGACAUUUCCAAUGAUAUGUUUGCAUCAUUCCUGUCGCCAGAUAUGACCUACUCGUGCCCCAUCUGGCUACCGACCUUCGACCGGAGAUGUGCAGAGGAGACCCUCGAGGGAGCCCAAAUGCGAAAACUAGACCGCUUCAUAGAUAAUACACACGUGAAAGCAACGGACCACGUUCUAGAAAUCGGCACUGGCUGGGGAAGUCUUGCCAUGCGAGCUGUCCAACGUACUGGGUGUCGCGUCACAUCUGUCACACUAUCAGUAGAGCAGAAAGAGCUGGCAGAGCAACGAAUCAAGGAAGCAGGCCUUUCCGAUAGAAUCACUGUUCUCUUGUGCGACUACCGCAAACUUGAACCCCCAACCGAUGGGCCGUUCGAUAAAAUCAUAUCCAUCGAAAUGCUCGAAGCAGUGGGCAAAGAAUAUCUAGAGGAGUAUUUUCGGUGCAUCCAUAGACUCUUGAAGCAGGACGGUGGUAUUGCCUGUUUCCAAUGCAUCACCAUGCCUGAGGCUCGCUACGAUGCUUAUGCAAAAUCAGACGACUUCAUCCGCAGAUACAUUUUCCCGGGCGGCCACCUUCCAACCGUCACGCAGCUAGUCAAUUCCAUCACCAAUGGCUCCAGCGGAUCGCUCAUCGUUGACGGCGUUGAGAAUAUCGGUCCGCACUAUGCGAAGGCGUUGCGCAUAUGGAGGCAGAACUUUCUGGAGAACUGGACUACGACUAUAAAACCGCAACUGCUUGGAGAGAAGAAGAGCCAAGGAAUGGAUAGCGAGAGCGCGGAGGUGUUCAAGCGCAAGUGGGAUUAUUAUUUCCGGUACAGCGAGGCUGGGUUUAUGACGAAGACUUUGGGCGAUGUGAUCAUCACUGUCGGAAGGGAAGGUGCUAUACAGAUGAUGGAACAGGUGCCUUUAUGA